AUGGAGGUAGAGGCUAGCGGUGGUACAGCUAAGUACGUAGGCGUUGGUGGAAAGGGCACUGCGGCGUUAAGGAGGCUAUUCGCCGACCGGUUUGAAGUCUGCAUGGAAGAUGUUCAAAAACAUCCUUGGAAUUUCGCCCAAGCCAGCGCGAUAGCAGAACGCGUGAUUCGCAGCGAGCCUGAGCGUCUGACCAUCUUGUCGAAUCAUUUCAAAUCGGUGAUCUCCUUCGAUACACUGGAGAGCCGGGUGGUCACACUUAAGGAGUGUCGAGAGAUGAACAGGAGCGAGUGGUCGAAGGCCGUAGACCAGUACUCUUUCGAACCCUCGGUUUUCGAAGUCCUCCAUGACCUUCAUGAUUUCUAUGUCGCCAAUUGUGUCUUCGGCUACAUGCUCGACUCGAUAGCUGCCGAACAGAGUGCACGUAUGUCUGCUAUGGAGAAUGCAUCGAGAAACGCCGCGGAUAUGAUCGACAAAUUGGAGUUGCAGUUCAACAAGGCUCGGCAGUCGAAGAUCACUACGGAGCUGUGUGAGAUUAUAUCUGGUGCUAGCAGUCUGUAG